AGACGACUCUUCUUGGGAAAUUGGGACAUUUAAAAUUUUUUUAAAAUCGUCAACGGUCAAAUUGAAUGUUAGACUGUUAAUUUGCCAAGUUCUCAUGAAAAUACAGCCGGAACAAACAUCUCUUUCAAGUGUUUGUGAACAGAAUAGACUUGCACCACAAACUAAAAAAGAAACCAACUGCCAAAAUGUAGACGAAAUAUCGAGAGAAAAGGAGCCAAAGAUAUCCGACGAUUCCUUAUCAUCCUUUCAACCAAACGAACAAGCAUUGCAGAGUAUUCUUUCUGAUACAGGCAUAGCCUUCUCAGCUUUAGGAGAUUUUAGCGGGAAGAAUUGGAGACUUACUGACAGUAAGUUGCCACUGCCUCGAAGGAUAACUAUUACAGGAAGGAGCUCUCUGAUUCAUCCCAGAAGGCAUCGAGUAGAAAGUCUACAAGAAGAAACAAGCCAGGAAGCCAACACACAACAGUCAAUGAAAGCUUCCUAUAAUUCUUUCAACUGUACAGACACUAUUCCAGAACGAGAAGUCAAAGACAAAGAAAAUCAACAGAGUUUCAUCUCCACUAAUUCAAAGAAUGUUGUUUCCAUACAUUCUCAGCCACAGACCAAACAAGAUGAGGAACACACUUUAGAUCCUAAAUAUGAACAAACAACUGCUAUCAAGAUGGAAAUUACGCCAGAGAUCGACAAGUACUCACAACUUCAUAAGAACAAAGGCAAAGCCAAGAGAAAAGAACAAAAGGAACAGCAAGCAGAAAAGGAGCAGAACUCGAAAGCGUCCUGUUGCUCAGAUCAAAACGAAUCUGAUCCGGCAAUUUUAUCUGAUUUAGCCAAUUUGAAUACUUUUUUAUCUCAUGCAGCAUCUAAUGUAUCUCAUGACUGGAAAUACUUUGGCACUGUCAUACGACAACUUUUGGAUCUCCAUGCAAAUGACGAAAAACGUAUUAAAGAGCUCGAACAUGAAAAUGUACUUUUAUUAAAUCGCAUAACAAACUGCGAACGAGAAGCCGCAUCUGAGCGCGAAACUACUAGAAAAGAAAUUCAGCAACUUCACGCAGAUCUUUCAAAGAGUGAAAACGAGAUCAGAAAAUUGAAAGAAGAGAUAAAGGAACAGAAGCGAAUUUAUACGGAGGAAACUAACAGUCUAAAGAAUGAGGUUGAAAUAUUGCAAACUAAGACAAACUUCAAGGUGGAUGAGAAAGCAGAUUCUCUACUGAAUGUUGAUGACGAAACUGAAAUCAUGAGUCGCUACAAUCGACUCCAACAAGUGCACAUAAAACCGAUGGGCGAGGAGUCAAAAGUAUCGGCGACAACUAAUGAUAUAGACAAUGAACGAAUUUCCAAGGAUGUCUCGACACCUUCCAAACAAGAAAACCUAUCUAACCAUUCUUUAGAGGCGAAAGAGUCCAAGUCAACAAGUAAUAUCUGGAAAUCACCUCAGGUUCAACAAGCAACUACGACUUGUUCUCCGUGUUCCACGAAGCACUCUUUCAAUUGUCAGACACCUUCACCGUCAAACAGAGGCAAACUCUUUCGUGAACCCAAAAGAGAUAUUUUCAAUCCAACCAGUGAAGCUUUCAAUAGUAAUGCAAGCAAGUUAGAUACUUCAGGCUCUUCGGAAAGACAGAUUCCAUCCAAAGAGAGAGUUGAAAGCUUUCUCUCGACUUCUUUUGAAGUGCAGCCUCAGUCUUUACAACAGAUUCUUUCCUGUGAAGUUCCCCUAUCGUCUCAGACAAGUCGUGGAACAACUCGUUAUAUGAGCUUCUACGAACCAACUUUCAAGCGUGACGAUAAGAAGGAGAGUUUACGAGAAGUGGAAGAAGAACCAGAUUGGAGACGUCUAACUCUGACUGCCGAGACUGCAAAUAACAAUUCACUCUUGAAAAGUACUCAAAAUACGAAAGAUAACGAAGAUCAGCUACUCGAACCUUGUGAUGCUCUUCUAUCGAGCUUAAGAGAAGAGCUCCGUGGUCCGCGAUAUCGCAAUAUGCGAGAUGCAUGGCAGAAUCUUUUUAAGCCAACGUGCAACAGGCUUAAACCAUCCUUGUUCUAUCAAGCUAUUCGAAAAUUACCUGCAGCCAAGCAAGUUUCUCAAGAAGUUUUGGAUGAACUCUUUCAGAGAAUUGUGCCAACUGCGAAAGAAACUCCCAGAGACUUGUGGGAAGACACCAUUGCUAUGGGUUGGGAACAUUUUGUUCGCUUAUAUCAAGGAAAUUUGCAUCGUUAUUAUUGAGUAUGGAACUCAAGAAUAGUG